CUCUUUCCUUUUUCAUUCCCACUUUCUCUCUCUAGAAAUAUCUAUCUCUAUCUUUAACUCUUUGUCUUGUGCCAGCAACUUCCUCUCCUACAUUUUCUGCUUUGUGUGCGGAUGAUAUUUCAAAUCAUUUCGUAAGACUUACGCUGCACUUUGAAUUCUAGAAUCAGAAUCGUUUAAGAAUAAUAUAUCCGAUCAUAUGCUUAUCUUCUUUCGCUGGAAUCUGGAUCGAGAUCUCCUUCAAAUUCGUGUUUUCAUAAUGUCUUAUGGCCAACUUGUUCUUUGUUAAAUCAAACUGUUGUUGUUGAUGAACUUAAAAGAGCAUCUUGAAAAUUGGGAUUUGUAAGCUUUUUGUAUAUAGGUCAAGAUGGGUGGAUUACCCAUCGUUUCGUUAUUAGUGAAGAAGGGUAUUUUAGCUUCUGAUCAUACUUCUGUGGCGUCUAUGAAUUUGUUCGUGGCACUUCUCUGUGCAUGCAUUGUUAUUGGGCAUUUGUUGGAAGAAAAUCGUUGGAUGAAUGAGUCUAUUACUGCUUUAGUAAUUGGUUUAGGAACUGGGAUUGUUAUCCUUUUGACUAGUGGUGGAAAGAAUUCACAUCUAUUGGUUUUCAGUGAAGAUCUUUUCUUCAUUUACCUUCUUCCACCGAUUAUUUUCAAUGCGGGAUUCCAGGUGAAGAAGAAGCAAUUCUUUCGGAAUUUUGUAACCAUUGUACUCUUUGGUGCUGUUGGUACUUUGAUUUCCUUUGCUAUCAUUUCCUUUGGGGCUAUGAAGUUCUUGAAGAAAAUGAACAUAGGUCCUUUGGACAUAGGAGAUUAUCUUGCAAUUGGGGCAAUUUUUUCAGCUACUGAUUCAGUUUGCACGUUGCAGGUUCUUAAUCAGGACGAGACUCCAUUCUUGUACAGUCUUGUGUUUGGAGAAGGGGUUGUGAAUGAUGCCACAUCUGUCGUACUUUUCAAUGCGAUUCAGAACUUUGAUCUAACGCACAUUGACUCGAGUAUCCUUUUGCAAUUUGCAUCCAACUUCUUAUACUUGUUUCUCGCAAGCACUGCACUAGGGGUUGUCACUGGAUUACUUAGUGCAUACAUCAUAAAGAAGCUCUAUUUUGGAAGGCAUUCCACUGACAGGGAGGUUGCUCUUAUGAUGCUCAUGGCUUACCUUUCAUAUAUGGUGUCUGAAUUAUUCUACUUAAGUGCCAUUCUCACUGUUUUCUUUUGCGGGAUUGUAAUGUCCCACUAUACAUGGCAUAAUGUAACCGAAAGUUCAAGAGUAACUACAAAGCAUGCUUUUGCAACACUAUCAUUUGUUUGCGAGAUAUUCAUUUUUCUAUAUGUGGGCAUGGAUGCCUUGGACAUGGAGAAAUGGAAAUUUGUAAGCAACAGCCCUGAAACAUCAGUGAAAGUGAGCUCAAUUUUGUUGGGACUGAUUCUAUUGGGAAGAGCAGCCUUUGUUUUUCCAUUAUCAUUUCUGUCGAAUCUGACCAAGAAAUCUCCUGAGAAAAUUGCACUGAAACAGCAAGUUACAAUUUGGUGGGCCGGUCUCAUGAGAGGCGCAGUUUCCAUGGCUCUUGCAUACAACAAGUUUACAAGGGCCGGCCAUACCCAACUAAAAGCAAAUGCAAUAAUGAUCACUUCUACAAUCACAGUUGUUCUUUUCAGCACAGUGGUAUUUGGAUUGAUGACUAAGCCUUUGGUGAGACUAUUGUUGCCAUCAACAAAACAUAUAAAAGGAAUUCUCUCAUCAGUGCCAACAUCUCCAAAAUUCCUAUCGGUUCCACUUCUCGAGAAUGGAAAUGACUCAGAUACAGACCUGGGUGAUCCGUUUAUGGAUGAACCUAAACAGGGUGAUGCGGAGAAUGGACAAAUGCGUAAUGGCAUAACUCGACCAACUAGCCUUAGAAUGCUUUUAUCCACACCAUCUCAUACUGUACAUCAUUAUUGGAGGAAAUUUGACAAUGCUUUCAUGAGACCUGUGUUUGGUGGCCGUGGAUUUGUACCCUUUGUUCCUGGAUCCCCACCUGAUCAAAGCGUGCAUCUCUUGCAAUGAUACACAUGCUGAUGAUGGGGUUUGGCACAUAGGUUUUUUUUGAGGUAUUUUGGUUUUGCUUGUUUGGUGUGGAGGUUGGUCAUCAAAGAAGGUUUGACAUGGCCAAUUCAAUUUUGUAUCUUAUCAUAUUUUAUUCAUUUUUUCUUCUUCUUUUUAUAGUACAAAGAUGAAGAUCAGACUUGUUUGUAGAGUUUUGUUUUUUACAGGGUUUUCGAGAGUUGAUGAUUAAGUAUUGUAUGAAAUUACAUUUAUAGUGAUGAAAAUGUAUUGCAAAGUAAUAUAGUGUCUUCUUGCA